CAGCUGAAGUUGGCCUUGAAGCCUUAAAUCGCCUUAGUAAGCUUCGUUUGGCCUUAGGGGGAUAAGUGCGCGCCCAGGCGCGCAAAUAAGAUUCCUUAGUGAGCCUCACCCGAGGAGCUGCCUGUGUUCCGCUGAUUGAUUGGCUCAUAAGCACAGAUAUUUAUGGAGUCAGGCUGACUAAGGAACUUUAUUCGCGCGCCUGGGCGCGCACAUAUGUUUCCUUGCGCUUCAGUUGAUGCUCGCAACUCGACUUUCUUGCCCUCGUUUUCAAGCAGAACCAGGCGUCUUUCCGACCACUCGAUAGCCCGUCGCCAUGUCAGAGCAUUGGAAAUCGACACCGAAAUACUGGUGCAAGCAUUGCAGCUGUUACAUCCGCGAUACCAAGCUCGAGCGCCAGAAUCACGAGUCAACCGCACGGCACCAAGGCAACCUCAAGCGCUUCCUGCGGGAUCUACAUCGAGGACACGAGAAGGAAGAACGUGAGAAGGACCGCGCGAAGCAAGAAGUCGCUCGUCUUUCGGGUGUUGUUGGUUCAUCUUCGUCCGCCUCCACUCCGCCGCUACGAUCGACGGGCGCGCAUCAUGGCAAACCAAGCGCACCGACCGAGGUGUCACUCAAGAAGCAGCGGGAGCAGCUCGCUGAAAUGGGCAUAUCCAUGCCAUCCGAGUUCCGCGCCGAAAUGGCCAUCCCUGGCGAAUGGCAAGUGACAAACACCCGCGUCAUUGACGAUACCGAGACCUUGGACGACACCAAGACGGAAGGCAAGGCAAAUGGCGUACGGAAACGGGACAUUGCCGAGGAAGACAAGGAAGAGGAGGACGCUAUCCGCGGGUUGUUCAAGAAGCCUAGACGUUGGGGCCGAGACAUCAAGGAGAUGCCUACCCAGGACACCCAGGAUCUUGAUGCCCUUCUUGAAGGAGAUGCCCUCCUGGUGAAGAAAGACGACGAGGGAGAGCAUGUUAAAGAUGGGUCACCACCAACAUUGAAGCCUAAAACAGAGCCAGAGGUCAAGGGAGAACCUGAAGUCAAGGACGAGCCAGACACCGAGGUGCAAGGUCUGGCGGCGCCGGUCAAGAACGAGAAUCCGACAACGGAUGCCUGUGUCAAGGCCGAGGACACCAAUGACGAGCCAAAAUCGUCGGGGAUAGUCUUCAAAAAGCGAAAGGCGAAGGGUCUAAGGCAAAAAUGAGUCAACCUGAGGAGGAGAUUACUCUCGCCGAGUUGCCGGAAACCGCAGGACUUUAGUGGGUCGG